UGAUGGCUGGCGCACGCGUGGACGGGACUCAAAGAAAGUUAUUUUGUUUUGUGUUUUACGUGCAAAGUUAACUUUAUCAAAACAAGUUUUUCGUGAAUUUUUAUAAAUAACUUUCCAAUGCAGUGAUUUCUAUUAUCUGGAUUCGAAUUAAAACAGCAUUGAUUGUUUAUUUUACAUGUCACAAAAGUGAACAAGUUUCUGAAGUGCACAUCCCAAGUUGAAAGUUUUAAAAACAAGGCCAACAUUCGAUAACAGAUUUUUCGCGCGCCGUGAGAACAAAGAAAACUGUUAUGUUGAGACCAACAAUGAUGGCCGCGAACAGUCUCCCACCGGCUGAAUAGAUAGAAAACCAAGCAAAAAGUGACCAAUUAACCCGUUCAAAGACAAUGUGACAUAACGCCAUCUUGCGGUUAACGUUUGAACUUGAUUGUAAGUGAAAGUGCUUCGGGCAAGAUGAAGUUGAAUCUGUUUAGGCGGUCUAUGAUCUUCGCUACGUUCUUCGGGGCGUGUCUUUGUAUCGCGUUGAUAGUGGCGUCGUUGGGGACGACGCAUUGGAUAGAUGCGCGGGCGCGGCGGACUUCAAACCCUCUGGAAUCGGAGGGCAGAAUCAGCUUUGGACUCUUUGAGGGCCACAAAGAGCUCAAUUUUGGAUACGGGUGGAGGAACCAUGACUUCAGCGUAAAAGCCGGCUCCCACCCUGCCCGCCGAUGGGCCUGGUGCGGGACAGCCGGUCAGCUGGGCGCAGCCUUGAUAUCAGCCGGGGGCGCCUGCAUACUCGCAGCCCUGGGCUCUGCGGCCCGGGUGCGGUGUUCACCACGUCCACUGCUGAUUGGGAAUUCUUUAGCAGUGCUGUUCACCCUCGGAGCGAUAUCCGUGUGGCUGACCGAGUACUUCCUGCGGCUGCAACACAACGUCAUGUCUGAUGAGGACCUGGCCAACACCUGGUCUUCGGACGGGAUGGCCGAUCUGGGACUGUCUUUUUGGUUGGUGGUAUCCGCCAGCAUAGCAGCCUUCGUCAACAUAGUAUGUGUUCUCAUAGCCAUGUCUGACGCUAGAGACAUAGAUACGGUAGCCCCGGCAUUAGAGGAGAAAGUCAACGGCGCCAUCAUGCUGUACUAAGCAGCCUACCGACCAAAUGGUUUGUCGUGCGGGCAACAGAUGGCGUUGUACUCCAUUUACAUCGCGCUAGUGUAUGCUAUUUGAACUUUGCGAAUUCGUGUUGUUUUUAAACUUACAUCAGAACGAUUACAGACAUUACAACUUGAAUUUGAGCAAUUAGAUUCAAGAUUUUUUGGGAAAGUCAAUGGUGAUUAAAAAGAAAUAAAGACUUAUUUUCAUUUUCUAAAAAAAUGAGACAGAUACGAGUAUUCUACUUUUCUUUUGUAUCAACCAACAUUGAUUUAAACGAAUAAAUAAACUUCGUAACUAUGAAUUUUAUCUAAAAAUGAAUGGCUUGGAUUAUAAAAUAAUAUCCAUGUAUUUGAAUCUCUUAUAUUGUCUCUAAUUUUGGAUAUCUAAUAAUAUUGUCUAUGUUCAAACGAGCAGAAAAGGCUGAAUGGUUAUCCCCUUACUAAUAAAAUUAAUACCUGGGUAGUGGGUACAUUAGUAAAGUUACAGGUCAUUUGUUACUAUGAUAAUUGGUAGUAACUAUUUCUUUAUUUGCCUACUGAACAAAAAAUCAACACACUUUGUUUCGGUAUUCGUUGAGGUACAUACAAAAAGACGUUUUGAUAUACCUAUUUGUGCAUAAUCAAACAAUUAAAUAAAUUAUUUUAAGGUUGUAUAAUGUCUUUCCAUAAAUUAAUGUAAGAGUUGAUUAGUAAGGGGGUUAGUAGUUAAGUACUUAUUUUAAUGUAUUAUAUUCCGUCCAUUUUAUAUUAGUAUUAACAUUUUACCUGUUGUAAGCAUUCCAAUUAAUCUGUACAAUGUUUAAUUGAAAUAACGCAAAGCUUAGACAAUGAAAUAUAUUUUCUACACUAAUAUUAUAAAGAGGAAAACUUUGUUUGUUUGGUUGUAAUGAAUAGGCUCAAAAACUACUGGACUGUUUUUAAAAAUUCUUUCACCAUUCGAAAGC